CACCUCUCUGUGUGACCCUGUCCUCCCUAUUCAUGGCUGGGGCUGAAUCCUCCCAGACCCUUCGCCAGGACUUUGCCCCUCCGCAGGCAUGGAUUAAGGAAGCGGCUGGGGCCAUGGCGGAGUUCGCCAGAGAUCACGGCUCCCGGGGCACAAGGGUAGUUCUAAUCACAUCGGGUGGGACUAAGGUGCCCCUGGAGUCGCGCACCGUGCGCUUCUUGGAUAAUUUCAGUAGCGGCAGGCGGGGAUCUGCCUCGGCCGAGUACUUUCUCCAGGCAGGCUACGCGGUCAUCUUCCUACACCGGCACCGCUCUAUGUAUCCGUACAGCCGGCGCUACACUUCCCACAACUGGCUAGACACGCUGCGACUGGUGCCUUCCUCGGAUUCGUCCGGGCACCAGGUGCAGGUGGAACAGUCGCAGUUACCGGGCAUUGUACGCGUUCUACAGGAGUACGGCAGCAUGAAGGAGUCGGGCAGGUUGCUCCCAGUAGAGUUCAACACUCUGUCGGACUAUCUGCACCUCCUGCAGGCGGCAGCACAGGCUGUCAGCUCCUUGGGAUCAAAUGCUAUGUUCUAUUUGGCUGCAGCUGUUUCUGAUUUCUACAUUCCUGCUUCAGAAAUGCCUGAACAUAAAAUCCAGUCCUCCAGUGGCCCCUUGCAGAUUACAAUGAAAAUGGUCCCAAAAAUGCUUUCUCCUUUGGUUAAAGACUGGGCUCCAAAGGCUUUUGUUAUCUCAUUUAAACUGGAGACGGAUCCUUCCAUCUUAAUAGAGCGAGCACGGAAAGCACUGGCAACUUACAGUCAUCAGGUAGUUGUUGCCAAUGUGCUGGAUUCCCGGAGAUCAUAUGUUGUGAUUGUAACAAACACAGAUGAGGCCAACCUUUCUGUGUCUGAACAGGAAGAGACACUUGGGGUGGAAAUAGAGGAAAAGAUAAUCAAGGAUUUAGUAGCACGUCACACUAGUUUCAUAGGAAACCUUGAUGAAAAAAACCUUGCUUGUAAAAAUUAGAGAUGAAGAAAAUGUCAUUAUGAACAUGUAAAGUAUGUUUCUUAGUCUGUUAUUUGCAAAAUAAACAUGCUGUUAUGCUGAGCAAGCCAUAUGCAAUAGGAAUUUGCGGAAAGCUGAAAAUUAAUCUUGCAUUUCUGUAUUUUAGAUAUUAAAAGGGCCCAGAUAGGAUCUUAUUGUCACAUGGAGGAAUCCAGCACUAGUGUUGAGGCUGCGCGUUGACUAUGUUCUUAUGAAUAUGUAAUAUAGGUCUGUGUCUUGAUUGUGGAGAAUGAUCUGAUUUUUAGCAGCUAAGAGUAUGGCACAUUAUCGGGCAACUGGCAACUAAAGCAGGCUCUACAAAGUUGAUCUAAUAUUUCUUUCCUCUGAGACCAAUAAUUUGAUUCCAUGAAGGUGUCUACUGCGGACCACAUUCAAAAUUGUUACUGCCCUUAGGCAAUGGAAUUUUCUACCUGGUCUUUCGACAACACAGUGCCUCGCAUAAGCAUUCACUCCCUUGGAUCUUUCCAUGUUAAUAUUAAAUAAAAAUGUAUAUACUGGUAAAAUUGGUAAAAUUACUCCAGAUUUUCACUUUCACCCUUUAGUAAAUAUACCCCCUUUUUCAUUAGUGCAAAAUGCUAUCUGUUUCAGAAAAACACUGCUUAUCACCUUGAAAACACCAUUCUCAGAAGCAUGGAAGUUGUAGCAUUAUGUUGCAGGGAUGCUUUUCAUUAUCAGGGACUGGCAAAUUGUCAUAAUUGAGAACAGGUGACCAGAGGUAAAUACAGGGUAGCGCUAGAGGAAAUACAAUUUUGAGUGUUAUGAGGAAAUUAGCUUCCAUUGGCUAAAGCUACACUGUAUGUUUGAAUGGCCCCAUCAAAGUCCAAAUCUCAAUCCAACUAACAAGCUGUAAAAGUGAAAAAUGCAGUUCACCAGCUGGAGCAUUAAAUUGGAAAAGAAAUGCAGGAUACAGAUGUGCAAAGCUGGUAAGAGACUUACCACGCUGGAAGCUUUAAUUGUGAUGAAAGGCCACUUUACCAUGUAUUGACUUAGAUGAAUACCUGUGCAACCAAUAAAUGUCUCCAUUUUUCACUUUUGUGUCUUAAUGAAAAUAUUUUGCACCUUCAAGUGUUAAGUAUGUUUUAAAAAUCAAAUAGUAAAAUUAUAAUUCAAAGAAAAAUUUUGGGGGAUAUGUGCAAAGCACUGUAUGAAUGCGUUCCAACUGUAUAUUGAUUAAGGAGAAAAUUGUUUCUAGCCAAUAAGCUGCCAACUUUCUCAAGGGAAGCUGAGCCAGCAGCAAUUACAUCUACAAAUAACCUGAAACACUUGAAUGUGUAUUGGAAAGUUGCUAAGAAUUACAUUGUACUGGGAAAGGUACAUUGAAUAUUUCAGCAUAAUGGAAUUCCUGGCCUGUGAGUUGCUAGAAAGGUAAAGGUUAUUUAAGGUUAUUGACGUAAAAUGACUUGCCUUGUUGGCACCGGGGUAAUGGGGUGGUGUCUACGCUUCCUUACAGCAGGUUUUGUUAGCUUCUUUUCUCAGGAGAACUAUUAAUAAAAUUGUUGUAAAAAGCUGAA